UGAUCCCUAUUGAACCCUUUUUUCUGCACAAGAGAGAGAGAUCAUGGUAGAGAGAGAGAGAUGGAACAUGGGAAGCUUUAGGAUGAGGAGGCUGCGAUCUACUUACUCGAUCCAAGAGUUUCACCACCCUCUCAUGCAUUCCCCCACAAUCAUUUGCGCCACCCCAUUUGUACUGCCCUUCUCUCUCUCUCUCUCUCUCUCUCUCUCUCUCACUCUCUCAUGAUCUAUAUAACAUGCGCCCGGCCUUUGCUUGUUGCCUGCAUAUAAUUCUGUUCCUCGCUUGCUUCUCCUUUACUUAUUUAGCUACUCCCCCUCCUCCUUUCCAUCAUCACCUCCACGACGGCUGCCUCCUCCCUUCCUCAAGCUACUACAAAAGACCACAGACAAGCAGAGUCACAUCACACCACUGGCUUGGCUAGCUCCCCACCUCACCUCGGGCAAUUCUCACUCGCAUAAACUAUUUCUUGGAUCCCUUGAGAGAGGAUCUAGAGCAGCAGUGGGAUCUGCGCGCGCGCACCAGCUUCCAUGGGCCUCGAUGUCGCGGAAAUCUCUGAAUUGGCGGCGCUCCGGCCGAUCCAGACGGCCGUGAGCGGCGCCCGGGCCACGUCAGUACCGGGGGAGGACGACGGCACUGCCGUUGCCGACACCGGCUGCGUCACGCCGACGGCGAGCGGCGCGCAAUCGGCCAUGGCAGGGGGAGUCGACGACGACGACGCAGCCGCCGACACUGGCUGCGUCACGCCGAGGUCGAGCGGCUUCAUGGCCAUGCUGCCAAUUGCGCCAGUGCAGCAAGACGACGGCGCCGAAGUCGGCUUCGCCACACCGCUGGCCACGGGUGGAGUAAUUGAGCAGCGAGACGGCUGCGCCGCUGCGGGCGACGAGAACAGCUUCACCACGCCGACCACGGCCGACAGCGCGCUGUUGCCGGCGACGGUGUGCCCUCCGGCGCCGCGGAAGUCGGCGCCGGUCCCGACGAGGAAGCGGGCGCCGCUGCAGCAGCGGCUCUUCUUCUACCCGGUGCCGCACGACCUGACCACCGUCUUCGUCGCCGUGCCGCAGUGCGCGCCACCCGCCAAGAAGAUGCGGGCGCACGUGGUGGAGUCAUCUGUGCCUCUAGGCACGUGAGAGGCGCAAUUCGCGCACACGCAUCCUCUGUCUCGUUCAUGUAGUUCAGCACUUCACACGCUGACACGCAUGCUGCUGCUGCGCGCCAUUGUCGCGACCGCGAGUGGACGAAGGAGCUCUUCAGAGAAGCGGAAGCGAGCAAGUCCAUACACGAGCAAGGGCUCUCGAGCUCGAGCGGACGAGCGCACAGACAAGAUGUUGUAGUUGAAUCACUCAACUCCCUUCGGCUCCUCUGAAAUGUGCGUCAAAUACCCUACUAGCACUCAAGUUUAGCUCAACCACUCAGCUCUCUCUCUCUCUCUCUCUCUCUCUCUCUCUCUCUCUCUCUCUCUAUUGUUUCUCACAUGUACAAAUACACGAGCUGUUUUGGUGACUACCUUGCUGCCUCACACGGUCAAAGUCUGUUCUAUUGUUAAUGCACUACAAGUUUACCUUAUAAAUGAUAGGCAAACAUGGCUAUUUGUAUUUGUAGGCUUGCCGGUUUCCCAAACUGACAUAAACAUGGAGUGUGGCUAGA